AUGAGCACGAACGUAACGGUCAGUCAGAACCUGGCGGUGCUGGCACAAGAGACAGAGCCCUCGACGACAGGGCUGGUCUUGCAAUGUAUCUUGUACGGCGUAUAUGCGCUACUAUUCCCUCCAACAAUUCGUGCGAUCUUAGAGCGCCGUCCGCGCAGCCGGCCAUGGAUCGCGCUCAUGGUGACCACGAUUAUGAUGUUUAUCAUGUCGAGCGUAUGUUUGCUGCUCGAAGUCAUCAACACCAUGGGUCUCUUCGAGGGAAUCCUCCUCGAGACGCGCGGCGCCUUCCAAGACCCGACCGCGUGGUAUAGCUUCAAGGGCGCGAACGACCGCACACUGGCGCAAGCUGCGAUAUUCUCCUUCGAAUUCAUGAUCGGCGACGGCGUCGUAGUUUGGCGCGGAGCGGCACUGUGGGGGUACAGCUGGAUAUGUAUGGCGAUCAUGUUACUCCCGCUUCUCGGAGACUUGGCCGUCUACUUAUACUUUUUGGGAUGCGAAGGCCAAUCAGAGUGGUGGUAUAUCGCUGGGACACAGGCUAAGCACUGCAACGAGUCGCAGCGCGCGAUGUUCCUGCUCUCCUUCUCGACCAAUCUCAUUGCAACCGGCUUUAUCGCGGCGAAGGCAUGGCAACACCGCGGCGCCUUUAGAGCGCGACCGACGUCGAUGUCAGGUUCUGGGAAGCCACGUCGCACGGCCGCGCAGAAGGUCAUGCUUCUGCUCAUCGAGUCCGGCUUCGUAUACCUCAUAUUCUGGGCCGCAUGCAGCUUCACCUACUUCCCCUUCGUGCAGGGCUUGGCCUCUCCUUCGUACUUCAUGACGAACAUCUUCAAUUCGAUCCGCUAUCAGGUCGUGGGCCUCUACCCGACGAGCAUAGUCUACCUCGUGCAGCGCGAGCGCACGAACUGGAUCGCUCCCGAGGUCGACGAGUCGCUGCACUUCAAGGCUGCGACGCGGGAGAAGCGCGACGAGACGACGACCGGUAUCACGACAAGCGGCUAUGUGCCGACGAUGAGCAAGUACGACGGCGUUGAGACCCAGGGAGAGACAUCGUCGAGCAAGAGCCCGAUAAGCGACACGCCGGGGUUGAGCCCCAUAUCUAUUAGGGCGCCGUCGGGGAGAGACCUCAAGCGCGGGUCGCAUGUCGUGGCGGCGUCGAAUGGGAGCUCGGAGGGGACGAGCACGACGCUGAGCGUGCCGGGGGAUUCGCCUGUGUGA